AAUAGUUCUUGGUUUAGUUUUUCAUGGUUUAAAGUGAAUGUGUGUGACAUUAAAUCCUUGUAUUUUGUAUCUUAUAUUUGUUAUCUGUAACAAUUAAUAUACUAAUAUCUUUAAAGUUCCUGGGAUGCCUAAGAAAAGUGUUCAAGAAGAAAAAUCACCUAUUGUUAUUUCUGAAGACACAGGGAUGUACAGUGAGUGUAGAAAAAUUAGUGGUUCUUUUUGGUUUCAUUUGUGUCCUUAAAUUCACUAUGUUUGUCUUUAUAGCUUUGAAAAGUAAAUAUACUAAACUCUUAUAAAAGCCUAACAUGCCAAAAAUAUAUGACUCAAAUAAUCUUAGUGUCUAUUAUCCUCAGACAAGUUAUAUUUCCUCACCAAUUUAAAAAAGAAAUACUCUACUUAUCACAGUGUAUGAUUUCAGAAAAGUCAGUUGUCUUGUUAAAUUUUCCUAACCUAUUCUGUAUACAAGUGUCUUUUGCUUUGAAGCAAUUUAUUUUCUCAGAUCAUGAAGUAACUUAACUUCAUAAUAUUUUAAUUGGAUUUUAUAAAAUCAAAAUGUUUCACCAUUAUUUUUUUUUUUACUCUUGACAACCAUAAUUGGAAACAUUUUGGCAAAACUGCUCAAAGGACCCUAGGUUUACAAGGCCACUCAAACCUCAAAAGAAUUCUCAAGACCUUUUUUUUUGGGGGGGGGUGGUUCAUACAAAAUUAGGUUUAAAUAAUUUGAAUUAUGAAAUAAUCCAAAUAGUAAAAUAUUGUGAAUAGAAUACUGUUCAACAACCUGAAUAGUAAAAGUGACAGUAGUCAAAAUACUCUUCCUUUUUUUUUUUGAGAUGGAAUCUCACUCUGCUGCACCCAGGCUGCAGUGCAAUGGCACGAUCUUGGCUCACUGCAACCUCCAUCUCCUGGGUUCAAGCUAUUCUCCUGCCUCAGCCUCCCGAGUGGCUGGGAUUACAGGCGCCUACCACCAGGCCCGGCUAAUUUUGUGUAUUUUUAGUAGAGACAGGGUUUUACCAUGUUGGUCAGGCUGGUCUCAAACUCCUGACCUCAGGUGACCUGCCCCCCUCAGCCUCCCAAAGUGCUGGGAUUACAGGCAUGAGCCACUACACCAGACCCUCUUCCAUUUUUUUUAAUCUAAAAAAUUUCCUGUUGAAACUCAACUUUUUUGUUGUUCAUCCUGUUAUACUAAGUUGGGAUAAAAGAAUAUAAUCACUUCCUUCUUUGAAUAUCCUUUCUAUUCUUGACUUUAGUUAUUGUUUUCAGAUAGUUUUUCUUUCUAAAGGCUGGAGAAAUUUUUGUUGUCUUUAUUUGCCUUAUUUUCUAAGUAUUUAUUUUUUUUAAUUUUCUGCCUCCAAACCCUAAAUGGCUUUUACACUCAUAUUAAACUGUUGAACCAUAUAUUAGAUGUGAUUUGAAAAUAUAGAUAAUGAGGCUUCUAGAAAGGGAAAAGACUUACAUGAAUUUCUAGUAGGUCAAAUAUCGGAGAAUUCUCAAUGUGCAAUUCAGCAUCUUCCCUGUUCUUUAUAGACAAAUCCAUUAAAAAUAAGACCAAUAGGACAAUUUUACCUAUAACUUUCUUAAGGCAAAAUGAAGAAUUAUAUAGUCCUUGCCUGAACAAUUCCUCCAUUUUAUUAUCAUCAUCAUAGAGAAAUGCUUAGAGUCUUAUAUCAUGAGACUGGGAAUGAGGCUAUCCCCAGCCAAUGCAUUCUAGCCACUAAUUUGCCUCUAUGUGCUACUAUUAAUUUUGGUGAUGAAUGUGGUAUUAUAUAUUAUAUUUUUCUUAAUACGCUUCUUUAUCCACCUUGAAACAUCCUAAUUAUUUAAAUACUAAUAUCUUUAAAGUUUAUGAAGCAUCUGAAGAAGCAGUCCUAGAAGAAAAAGUACUUGUGACUCAACCUCAAAAGACAAAACCCAAACUAGCAAAAGGUAUAUAACACCAAUGAUCCAGUCUGAAGAAAAAUUAUUUUUUGGCUCCUUUCAAAAAGCUCAAUAUUUUUCUUCACCAUUUAUAAAUAUAACUAUACUCAUAUCUUUUAAGUGCCUGAGCCACCCAAGAAAGUUGUUCCAGAAGACAAAAUGUAUGUGACUAUUCCUAAAAAGAGAGAAACACCAGCAACUAAAGGUAUAUUUCAAAUACAUCAAACCCAGAUGAGUAUCUUUAGCUUUAUGACUCAAACAUUGCAUGCUUUAUAUAAUUUACUGUUUUUACAACUUUUAAAUGUAAACCUACUAAUAUCUUUAAAGAACCUGAUACAACCAGAGGCGUUUUUCCAGAGGUGGAGCUACCUGAGGCUAUUCCUGAAAUUCUAGAACAUCCUCCAACUGAAGGUAUAAUUCUCUAGUUAGGAAAAUCUAAAGAAGAAUAUAUACUGUCUUCAGUCUGCAAAAUGUUUGAUGUUUAAUAUACAUUCUCACGACCUCUAAUGUUAAAAUACUGUCUUUAAAGGAUCUGAUAUACCCACAACAAAGAAUGACCUAUGACUUGCCCCCAAGAAAGUCAAGUCCCACACAUAUAAUAUACAAAGAUAAAAUAUUAGAACAAAAAUAACAUUUCUAACAUAAAGAUCUCUGAAAUGAUAUUAACAUAUCUAACUUUCUUAGUAUGUCAUGGCUUUAUGCCUUUGCCUUUUCUCAAUUAAAAAAAAUACUAAUAUCUUUAAAGAGUUUGAAGUCUUCAAGGAAGUCAUUCCAGAGGGAGAAACUCCUAUUGUUAAAAGAAGAAAAACACCAUCACCAACAGGUACAAGUUGGAAGAAAGUCAGCUUUUUAAUCUCAUGUUUGCAGUUGUACUUAACACAUGUAAAAAUACUAAUAUCUUUUAAGCCACAGUGGCUACAGUGGAAAUCAUUUCAGAGAUGGAUCCCCCAAGUAGAAGCUCAACCAAAUGUAUUCAUGUCCCAGUGAGUCACUCAAGAGACAACAGAGGGAAAAAACACCUUUAGCUUAUACACAUGAAAGAUAGUUGAGUCAGUGUAUUUUUAUGAGGACUCCAAAGAAAAUAUAUAUACACAUAUUAUGAUCAAAACAUGUCUUAAAGAAAAGAAAAUAUUAAUUCAGUGUGAAGCUGAUCUGUAAUAUCUCUACAAGAUUAGAACACCUGAGACCCUCCCAGAAUAUCCUCCAACCUAGGGAAAAAUAAUUCCAGUUAAAGCUGGAAAUCUCCCCUCCAUGUUCAUUUGCUCCUCUCAUAGCCUAUCUUUUAUUUUUCAAGCAUCAUACAUUUUUUUUCAUUUUGAAUAUCUUUAGAUAAGUCAAAACAUGAAAAAGCUUUAAAACCUCCAGAACAAUAAUUUCAUCAUAACACCCAUGGUAUUCUGUAAUUUGAAGAAUAUCUGAAUAUUUUGAUAUUUUUUCUCAGUCUGGAAUCUUUUGGUCUCCUCUCUCCUAAACUUGAAAAACACUCACCUUUUUAAGGUGCCUAAGGUGUGAAUGCAAAAAAAAGCCAACCUAGAUUUUUCAAAGUGGCUGUAAUUUGUUUUUCUCAACAUAAUAGCUAGAGGUAUAGCAUUAAUUAUAAUCAAUGUUUUCACUUUCCAUGAUCUAGUUUUCUAUGCAUCUACCAUUCGAAGAAAUAAAAUUACUAAUAUUGAUAGUGCCUGAGGUGACCAAGAAAACAGCCACUUAUAACCAAAUACACUGCUACAAAAGAUCCGAUUCUGGGGGCAGGGAGUGGGAGAAAGUUCCCAUCUGGAAUGUUCUGUAUGUGCAGUUAAGAUGGGAACUCUUUACUGCUCUUCAUAACUCCAAAGUACAAUGCAUUCAUAUCUUUAAAGUGCCUGAAUCGCCUCGAGAAAUUGUCCUUGUAAAGGAAACACCCAUGGCUGCUCCCCUUGAAAUUGAAAUACCUCCCACUAAAGGUAUCAUUCAUCCUGUCAUUCCUUCCUUCAUUUAUUAGAGUGCUGAGCAUGUACAGGGUGCUAGGGAACUGGAGAAUAAUAAACAAAGACAAUUAAUAUUUGGUUCCUCUUCUCAAGAUUGUAUACCUCCUCAGAUUCUUUAAAGGAAUCAUCUUUUUAGCCAUAAAAAUCACUCUGGUUCAGCUCAUUUAAUUAAUGUCUCCACUGAUCCUUUUAACCUCUAACCAUAAUACUAAUAUCUUCAAAGCACCAGAAGCUAUGAAAGAAGUUGUCCCUGAAAUGAAAAUAUUUGAGGAUGUACCUGAAGAGCCAGAAACUCCACGUAUGAAAAUGCCCGAAGCUCCUCAAGAAAUUAUUCCUGCCAAGACAGUUCCUUCCAAAAAAAGAGAACCCCCAUCAGUUAAAGUGCCUGAAGCUCUCCAAGAAAUUGUCCCUGAAAAGAAAACGCUUGUGGUUCCUCUCAGAAAGCCUGAAGUCCUUCCUGAUGAAGUGCCGGAGGCUCUCAGAGAAGUUGUCCCGGAAAAGAAAGUGCAUCUUCCCCAAAGGGCUGAAGUUGUACCUGUCAAAGUGCACGAAGCUCCCAAAGAGAUUAUCCCUGAAAAGAAAGUGUCGGUGGUGCCUCCUAAAAAGCCUGAAGUCCCACCUGUUAAAGUGCCAGAAGCUUCCAAAGAGGUUAUCCGCGAAGAGAAAGUGCCCUUGGCUCCUCCUAAAGAGCCUGAAGUCCCACCUGUUAAAGUACCGGAGCCUCCCAAAGAAGUAGUUCCUGAAAAGAAAGUGCCAGCGGCUCCUCCUAAAAAGCCUGAAGUCCCACCUGUUAAAGGUAUUUGUCACUGAUUUUAGGCUUCAGAUGAUGUAUCUCUUCUGCUCUGGAAAGUAUUUUUCUAGUGGUCUUCAUAAUGCCUAAAUGUAAUUUCACUAAUAU